AUGGCUUCAUCGGAUCCUACUUCCUUUCUGCAUCUCCCCCCAGAGAUCCGCAACCUCGUCUACGAUCUGGCCUUCAACCCUGAUGUCAAAACCAACAUUCUCGAUCCAGCGCACUCUGGAUACACCAGAGAUGUCAGCCCUUUGCUCUAUGUUCACCCAAUUAUAUCUGCCGAUCUCAGACGACGCACCUAUGGUGGCGAUUUCUCCCUAGUACUCCCGAUUCAAGAACCCAGCGAGUGGGUGAAGGGACGAGGACUCGAUAGUGAAAAGCUCAAGACAUGUCUUGACAAGCUUCCCGAUCUGAUGAAGAAUAAAUGCCAGAGGCUCAUUGUCGAGGCAUCGCAGUCUGAUGAAGUAGAAGACGUUGACUACGAUUUUUGGGAUAGUGAGGAUUUCCCCAGUUACCUCGUUCCACUGCUCCUCCAGAUCAAAGGAGAAAUCCCAACAUUGAAGAAGAUCACCUUUAUCUUUUGGUUUGGAGAAUGGAGUGCGCCAGUAGACGUCUGGCAGAGAUCGCUUCGACUCCUCUCACGACGAUGGAACAACAACACCCAGAGACAAAAUGGGAAAGAAAACGCGGACAAGGGCCUCACUUCCAAGUCUUAUAGAGCCAAGCCAUCGAUUGAGAUGCAGUUCAACCUAUUUGACUAUUACGAUCAAGACAACGGAGAUGGUGGGGCAAAUGAAUACAUGUUGUGGUAUUGCUUUGCUGGUCAUGAGAGGUCUAGAUCCGGGGAUGAGGGCGGAACUGAUUCGGACCAAGACGACGAGAAUGACGACAAGAGCCAGGACAGUGAUGAAGCCAUCAGUGAAGACGAAAACGAAAACGAGGGCGAGGGCGAGGGCGAGGACGAGGGCGAGGACUACAGCCAUUAUGAUGCGACUGCCAAAUCUUUGGGGUUGAAAUUCACUUUCAGGGCCAUGGAUCUGCACUGGGACGACCAUAUCAAUGGUAACUUUGAAGGCAAGGAGUUUGAUCCAAACGUCUGGGACGAUGGUUACUUCCACAUGAUGAGCCCUAAGGAACAGGACAGGGCCGCUCACAAGUACUGGCACGUCACUGAGACGUGCAAGCCCCUCUUUAUCAAGAAGGUGGGCGGUCCACUAUCAUGA